GGAGGGUUCAUGUGGUUGUCGGUGUUGACGCCGGUCGAAGUGACGUGUUGUUAAGGUCUAUUUGCACGAUUGUGUGGAACCCAUGCUUUCACUUGAUAUGGAAUUUGUGUUACGACUGUUUCAUAGAGGGACAAAGCCGAAGGCACACCGGAGCGCAAUGUCAGUGUUAUGCAACUGAACUGAAUACGCGGGAAUACAUCGAGGUUCAACCAGAUAUUUCACUUAGGUCUUAUAAUUCUGCUUAAGUCUAGGCUAGUUUGGAUAUAUGUACAUACUGUACAUAGCGGACAGUGGCGUGACAGAGCAUACGGGCGUCCCAGGCGGCGAACGCGAUGAGUUCCGGUGGUCGCAGCUCGACCAGGAGCGCGGGCCGCUCCAAGGCGGAGCGCGGCCCGGGCAGGGAGGCCAGGCCGGCCGCCGACCCGGCCGCGCCGCACGACAAGCUCAAGCCACACACCAACGCCAAACCGAGAGAAGAUAAAAUGUUCGAAGACAAAAUCAGCCAAGUGAUACAGCUCACAGGCAAAACAAAAGAUGAGGCAGAAAUCGCCUUGUUCGACUGUGAUUACGACCCUACGAGAGCUAUCAACAUGCUCCUGGAAGGUGACGAUCAGGGCGAGUGGGUGGAAAAGACGAAGAAAAAGAAGCUGCCAAAGCCGGCGCCGGCCGACCAGAAGGCGCCAGAGGAGAGCGCAGGCCCCAAGGAGGAGGAGCGGGACCGGGACAGGGAUCGGGACCGGUCCCGCAGCCGGGGCGGUCAGCCCCCGCGACUGCGGCGGGGCGCCGCUCAGGACAGGAGCUGGAAGGCGCGAGAGAGCCGGGAGAACGAGAAGAACGCGGCGGACGGCGGCGACGGCGAGGGGCGGCCACGCUGGGCGGGCCGCGGCGGCGGCGCACGCGGCGGCCGUGGCGGCCGGCGCGGUGCGCUGGGCUCGCGCAGCUUCCAGACGCGCCGCGGCGACGACUUCGCCGCCAUCGACACCUGGACGAACCCGGGCGACGAGCGGGGCGGCCGCGGCCGCAGCCGGACGCAGCCCGGCGGCGGCUGGGACCAGGGCUUCCCGGCCGCCGACGACUGGGACAACGAGGAGUGGGGCGGCUCGCUCACCGACACCAAGGUGUUCACGCCCAGCGCGCCCGUGCAGCCGGCGGCGCCCGCGGCCGGCGACACGCCGGUGUCUAGCACGCCUGCGCCGCCGCCCGCCUCCACACUCGGCCCCAGCCUCGACCUAAGGGCACUGCUCGGCAAGGCGCCCGCCGCCGGCGAGGCCGGCGGCGACGCGCCGACGUACUCGCAGUUCGCGGCGACGCCGGCAUCGGCGCCGGCGGCCAGCGCGGUGGCGUCGAACGCGCCCGGGGUGUACAGCUAUAGUAGCGCGACGGCGCGGCCGGCGGCGCAGCAGGCCGCGCCGGCUGCCUCGUACCCGUCCGGCUACACCAACCCACCAGGUCUGAGCUACUCGUCGGGGUACACGUCUGACAGUUUCGCGAGCCAACUCAAGUCGUCGCUGGCGCCGUCGGAGCCGGUGUCCACGGCCACCAGCAUGUCGCAGUCGUUGCCGCAGAGGAGCAAAGUACAAAAGCCGCGGAUGCAGCCGCCGUCCAAGAUUCCGGAGUCGGCCGUGGAGAUGCCCGGCGAUCCCGUCUCGUCGCUGGGCGUCAAGUUCGGCGGCCUCGACUUCGGCACCUCCGACAGCAAGCCGUUUCAGACGCCGGACGGCGACGCGGACGCCUUCUCCUCGGGCGUGGCGUCGUCCGGCCCGGAGCAGCAGCUGGGCUCGCUGCCGUCCGCCGGCCAGCCGGUCAAGAGCGCGCGGGACUCGGCAGCCGCCUCGUACUCGGCCGGCGCGGCGACCGGCGACGACGCGGCGCCGUCCACGGGCACGAGCUCGGCCGGCUCGUACCCGAGCGGCAGCUAUGCUGGCGCGGGCGCCGCCGCCUACAGCGCUGCCUACAACAACGGCUCGUACGCGGCCGGCGCCGGCGGCACGCUGACCGGUAACUCGCUUCAGGAGAAGCUCACCAACGCGCUGUCCAGUGGCGGCAAGGCCAGCCAGUACGAGUCGUCGAACGCGGCCAGCUCGCUGGCGUCCAGCGUGUCGACGGCCGCCUCCUCGCUGCCGGUGGGCCUGGCCGGCGGUGUCGGCUCAGCCUCGGCGCCUGGUCGCUCCCACACCGCCACCACGCGGUCGGGCAGCAUGCCAAGUGUGCCGCCCGGCGUGCCGAUGCAGUACUUCGUCGGCCAGACGGGCGUGCCCACCUUCUACCCGGGCAUGCAGCAGAUCUACGGCUACGAGGAGAUGCAGGCGCUACAGCAGAGGCUGCCGCACCUGCAGCAGCAGGCGGCUAACAACCAGGGGCGCGGAGACGCGGCCUCGGCGCUGGGCGCCUCGGCGGCGUUUUCCAUGGCGGACGCCAAGUACAGCAGGCAGGAGGCCUCGUCGCCCGUGCAAUCGUCGCUCAACCAGCAGGUAAAGUCGCAGCAGCAGCAGCAGUUCUUCAACGCGGCGGCCAUCCCGCCCAACUACACGUACUUCCCGUUCGUGCCCCAGUACAGCAUCUACACACCGAUGCCACCGGCCACGAACGCGGCGCACCAGGCGUCCAGCACGAGCCAGUACCCCAAGAUGGCGUACAACGCGACCUCGUUCGGCGGCUCGUACGACUCGCUGGCGUCGGCGCCGGGCGGCGACUACAAGUCGGCGGGCUUCGUCGGCUCGGCCGGCCACAAGCUGGGCGGCUCGGGCUCGGUGGGCGCCGCGGCCGACCUCAGCGCCGUCUACAGCAAGAUGCAGCUGGGCAACAAGUACGACAACAAGGGGUUCCACGCGGCCACGCCACCGCCCUUCAAUCUGGCCGGCCAGGCGCAGACGACGCCGCUGGCGGCGCCCGGCGGCUACGCGCCGCACAUGUUCAUCCAGACGAUGCCGCCGCAGCACCAAAUGGUGCACCCGGGCCACCAGGACUCGAGCGUGGGCGGGCCGCAGCGCGCCGCCCAGCCCAGCAAGGCGGCCGCCAAGAACAGCUACGGCGGCGGCUACUGGCCGGGCAAUUAGACGGGCGCCGGCGGCCGUCGCAGGGGCGGCGACCCUCUCACGGGCAGGAGGCUGCCCUGCUGCCCGAGCCCCGGCGUCUGGCGCCGUCUCUGGCGGGCGCAGCCGGCCCGCCCCCUCGCUGUACCUACAUUGGUGAAAUGUACCGUUAUUUUUCGCUCUCGUGUGAUUUGAAACGCAAAAACGGCUUAUUGACCUUUGAUGUUUGAUGUUAAAUAUGUAGUAGGGUGUCGACACCGGUUUUGUAUAUAGGUGCUUCGCAGGACGGCACGACGGGCACAAAUUGUCUGACAGAUAAUCAUGUGUUUUUGGUACAAAGGUAUUACGGCCGAACGACAGCCAGUUUACUUGGUUCCAGUCCGAGCCCUGUACCAUGGUUUUAACCUCAGCCUGUCCGGAGACGCGGUCCUAUACCUUCAGACCUGUGAUACGGACAACCGCGACAGACGCCUGUGUCCUGGGGAGGGGUAUGCGCCACGCGCUCCGUACACAUUGGGCAUUCGAGGAGCGGCCGAGUUUGCGCUGGUUGUAUAUACUGCGCGGUUCGCGCCAGCGCGCCGUUUGAAAAUUAGGUGUCGCGAUAACUUACUACUUUCGUGUUUUGUAAAGCUUUCUUGGAGGUACUUCGCCGUCAAUACAAAACAAAGACGU